AUGAUGUCGCUGUCCGCGCUCAGGUCUUCCUGGAUGGCAAUUGGGGCUCUGGUCCUCUUGGUCGUGUCUACUGUUCAUGGACAUCCGAUUGAGGCAUCAGCAACCGAAGAACAAGCCCAGCCCGCACCAGCUCUGCAGCCUCGUGAUCCGAGACUCAUUCCCGAUACUGAGAAUUACCUGAACCAAAUAUUUGCGCUGCUGGGUGUCGGAAAACCAACGCCAACGAUUCCCUCAGACGCAGCCAGCGCUACUGGCGCUCCCAGUCCUAGUCCUGACGCUGAGCAUACCAAGACGGUGAACAUCAAGGCAACACCAGUGAUCAGUGGCAAUGGCAUUAUUUAUUCCGCUACCAUCACAAAGGGCAGCCAGAAGCCAUUUGAGAAUAUCCAGAUCGGAACAGGAUAUCAUGGCGGAAAGAAGCUCUAUGCCUCCGAUCUGGGACUUAUCUUCAAUGCCGUGGAGACAGAACUAGCGAGCCACUUCCGUAAUGAGGUUGAUAGCUCUGACGAGAUUGGAUUGGACAAGGUCAACGACAACAACAACAACAACAACAACAACAACAACAACAACAACAACAACAACAACAAGUAUAACAACAGCACUGACCAGGACAACGACGAGAACAACGAUGAGAACAACGACGAGGAAAACGACGAGGAAAACGGAGAGGAGAACGGCGAGGAGAACGACGAAAACGAUAACCUGCUUUCAGACGGGAUAGGAAAAGACUACCUGACCUAA